AUGGUUAUAGGGAUCAAGAGGAAAGCAUCAGAGGGAGAUACUACACCUUGUAAAAGACAGAGGCAAGAGGACAGCCCAUCAUCCCCAACAACAAACAGUACCAUCACAAAUGGGGAAACAGAAAGACUGGAGUUUGAGGCUAAAUACAAAGAAACUAGCCCACUGGGUGAAGGAGGGUGUGGCUUUGUUUAUUCUGAUCUGAGAAGAGCAGAUCUGCCUGUGGGGAUUAAACAUAUCUCCAAGGACAAGGUAAUGUCCGAAGGAGUUAGUGUAAAAGGCAAGAUGCUCCCUUGCGAAGUGGCUGUGAUGAUGCGGAUCACAAAACGAGUAGUAGGGAAGUCUGCAUAUUCGCUCCUGGACUUUUAUGAUCUGGACCAAGAGCAUUUGGUCCUGGAGCGUCCAGACCCAUCAGUUGACCUCUUUAACUACAUGAAGGGCAGAGGAGGUGGGCUGCAGGAGGAGGAGGCGAAAGAUAUCAUGAGGCAGCUAGUCAAAGCAGCCCAAGAGCUUCAUCUGAUAAAGUUCCAUCGGGACAUCAAGCUGGAAAACAUCCUCUUGGAAACAGGAACUGAAGUCCCCCGAGUAAGGCUGAUUGACUUUGGCGUCAGCUGUGUCACUAGAAAGAACUCAUGUUAUGACAUUUUUCAUGGCGCCUCACAACACUGCCCACCUGAAUGGUACAGAACCUCGAUAUACAGAGCCGGGCCUACCACAGUGUGGCAGCUGGACGUGGCCCUUUUUGAGAUGCUGCAUGGGGGCGCAUUUGACACACUCCGCUUCAUCAACAACCUAAUGAACAUCAAGGAGUUGUCCCAAGGUUGCCAGGACAUUCUGCAUCUUUGUUUAAAUGAAGACCCUCAACAGCGCCCCUCUCUGGAGCAGCUUCUUCUACAUCCAUGGCUCCAACCAUAA